AUGGCCUACAGGAGGGACGGUCACCUCCUGAAUCAGCGGCGGAUAAACUUCCAUUCCACCGUUCACGAACUUAUCGUCGCCUACGACUGCGCCCUGAACACCACCUCUGAAGAAGAGAUGCAACGCAGCGUGGACCUGUUCUUCGCCGCCUGCAAGAACUUCGGUCCGGUCAUCAACCCGCAGAAGACGGUGGUCAUGCAUGAACCGCCAUCCAAUACAGCCACUCCUCACAACGCGCCGCAAAUCAGUGUAAACGAAACCCAACAGCAAGUGGUGGAGAACGUCCCGUACCUGGGCAGAACACAAUACUUUAACACCAAAAUCGACGCCAAAGUCGCUCGCGGGAUCUCGAAAUCCAGUAAAGGCUUCGGCCGCCUCCAAAGCACCGUUUGGAAUCGUCACGGUCUUCAACUGAGCACGGAGCUGAAGAUGUACAAUGUCGAAGCUGUUGUACGGAGCGGAGACAGUUUACACAAAGCAGGCACGCCUCAGUUGUCUCCGUCGCAUCCUUCAGGCUGAACUGGCAGGAUCGAAUCCCCGACACUGAUGCGCUGGAACGGACGGGAACCCUCAGCAACUACACCGCGCUGAGACAAAUGCAGCUGCGUUGGAGCGGUCACCUGAUGGGCAUGGACGACGAGCGACUACCCAGACGACUCUUCUUCGGAGACGUCGCGACGGGUUCUCGCCGCCAAGGAGGCCACAUUCGCCGUUACAAGGACACUCUGAAGUCCUCCAUGAAGCGCCUGCAAAUCAACCCGACCAACUGA